AAUAAUAAUAAUAAUAAUAAUAAUAAUAAUAAUAAUAAUAAUAAUAAUAAUAAUAAUAAUAAUAAUAAUAAUAAUAAUAAUAAUAAUAAUAAUAAUAAUAAUAAUAAUAAUAAUAAUAAUAAUAAUAAUAAUAAUAAUAAUAAUAAUAAUAAUAAUAAUAAUAAUAAUUAUAAUAAUAAUAAUAAUAAUAAUAAUAAUAAUAAUAAUAAUAAUAAUAAUAAUAAUAAUAAUAAUAAUAAUAAUAAUAAUAAUAAUAAUAAUAAUAAUAAUAAUAAUAAUAAUAAUAAUAAUAAUAAUAAUAAUAAUAAUAAUAAUAAUAAUAAUAAUAAUAAUAAUAAUAAUAAUAAUAAUAAUAAUAAUAAUAAUAAUAAUAAUAAUAAUAAUAAUAAUAAUAAUAAUAAUAAUAAUAAUAAUAAUAAUAAUAAUAAUAAUAAUAAUAAUAAUAAUAAUAAUAAUAAUAAUAAUAAUAAUAAUAAUAAUAAUAAUAAUAAUAAUAAUAAUAAUAAUAAUAAUAAUAAUAAUAAUAAUAAUAAUAAUAAUAAUAAUAAUAAUAAUAAUAAUAAUAAUAAUAAUAAUAAUAAUAAUAAUAAUAAUAAUAAUAAUAAUAAUAAUAAUAAUAAUAAUAAUAAUAAUAAUAAUAAUAAUAAUAAUAAUAAUAAUAAUAAUAAUAAUAAUAAUAAUAAUAAUAAUAAUAAUAAUAAUAAUAAUAAUAAUAAUAAUAAUAAUAAUAAUAAUAAUAAUAAUAAUAAUAAUAAUAAUAAUAAUAAUAAUAAUAAUAAUAAUAAUAAUAAUAAUAAUAAUAAUAAUAAUAAUAAUAAUAAUAAUAAUAAUAAUAAUUAUAAUAAUAAUAAUAAUAAUAAUAAUAAUAAUAAUAAUAAUAAUAAUAAUAAUAAUAAUAAUAAUAAUAAUAAUAAUAAUAAUAAUAAUAAUAAUAAUAAUAAUAAUAAUAAUAAUAAUAAUAAUAAUAAUAAUAAUAAUAAUAAUAAUAAUAAUAAUAAUAAUAAUAAUAAUAAUAAUAAUAAUAAUAAUAAUAAUAAUAAUAAUAAUAAUAAUAAUAAUAAUAAUAAUAAUAAUAAUAAUAAUAAUAAUAAUAAUAAUAAUAAUAAUAAUAAUAAUAAUAAUAAUAAUAAUAAUAAUAAUAAUAAUAAUAAUAAUAAUAAUAAUAAUAAUAAUAAUAAUAAUAAUAAUAAUAAUAAUAAUAAUAAUAAUAAUAAUAAUAAUAAUAAUAAUAAUAAUAAUAAUAAUAAUAAUAAUAAUAAUAAUAAUAAUAAUAAUAAUAAUAAUAAUAAUAAUAAUAAUAAUAAUAAUAAUAAUAAUAAUAAUAAUAAUAAUAAUAAUAAUAAUAAUAAUAAUAAUAAUAAUAAUAAUAAUAAUAAUAAUAAUAAUAAUAAUAAUAAUAAUAAUAUUAAUAAUAAUUUCGUAGAAAGCCAGAACCUGAAAAAUUCUGAUAAUAAUAAUAAUAAUAAUAAUAAUAAUAAUAAUAAUAAUAAUAAUAAUAAUAAUAAUAAUAAUAAUAAUAAUAAUAAUAAUAAUAAUAAUAAUAAUAAUAAUAAUAAUAAUAAUAAUAAUAAUAAUAAUAAUAAUAAUAAUAAUAAUAAUAAUAAUAAUAAUAAUAAUAAUAAUAAUAAUAAUAAUAAUAAUAAUAAUAAUAAUAAUAAUAAUAAUAAUAAUAAUAAUAAUAAUAAUAAUAAUAAUAAUAAUAAUAAUAAUAAUAAUAAUAAUAAUAAUAAUAAUAAUAAUAAUAAUAAUAAUAAUAAUAAUAAUAAUAAUAAUAAUAAUAAUAAUAAUAAUAAUAAUAAUAAUAAUAAUAAUAAUAAUAAUAAUAAUAAUAAUAAUAAUAAUAAUAAUAAUAAUAAUAAUAAUAAUAAUAAUAAUAAUAAUAAUAAUAAUAAUAAUAAUAAUAAUAAUAAUAAUAAUAAUAAUAAUAACGUUUGCACGAGGUUGGAGACGGAUAUGUCCGGCAGGCCUAGAAUGCUGGACAUGUUCAAUGAGCGGUUCCCUCGAUUUGCCAACCAGCUUGACCGGAAUAAGCUGUACACCCGACGACGAGCAAUAUUGACAAACAACAUGCUCACUACCGCCGAGUUAGACAGCAUCAAGCUGGAAGUGCAAAGGGAACUAGGGAGUACAGGGAACAGAUCGAGCGAUGUGUCGAGUAGGAGUUCUGUUGGGCACGAUGCAGCACGGCGGGAAUCGACUGCAUCCAUAAACAUGUCAGUGGAGGAACCAUCAUUGCAUGCUCCAGAACUAACAAUGGAUCAACAACGACAACAAUUACUUGACGAACUAGCUUUCGAAAUGAACGCAGCGGUUACACAAUUUCGGGGAACAGACCCCUUAUCCCGACACCGGAUACCAAAGCUGCAAUAUUCCUUCCGGCUAACGAAUGCAGUAAGAAUCCUUAACGAGGAUGUUUUGCCACUGUAUACUGAAACCGCUGAGAACCUUGAGGAACUGCAAUGUAUAGUGUAUUCCGCAGCUGUAGCCGUUGUGAGAACUAUGGGAGUACGGACCUUCCCCCCAGGUAAUGGUGAGGCCCAUGUACGCCCCCAAACACGAAAACCCGCAUGGAUGCUACGACUAGAAUCUAGGAUAGCAUCGUUGAGGGUGAAGAUAGGUCGGUUAACACAAUACAAGAGGGGAAACCGAUCAGGAAGGCUGGUUCGUCAGGUGAAAGAAAUCGUCAAGCCCGCAGAGCUCCUAAAUCUCAGUGAACUCAACAUCACUGAGAUCCUCGACACCCAGGUACAAAGGUUAAGUGCUCUUGCUAAACGGAUGCGACGUUAUGUUGAAUGUUCAAAGCGGAAACAACAAAACCGGAUGUUCAACACUAACGAAAAGGAGUUCUAUAACCACAUCAGCAAUAACAAAACCGAUUACAGCGAGGGACUCCCAGAACUUGGCGAAAUUACACAGUUUUGGGCCAAUAUAUGGGAGAACCCCGCUCAACACAACAAUAAUGCGAUGUGGUUGGUAGAAGAGGAAGAAGGCAGUGGUGAAAUUGAACGCAUGGCCCCCGUAGCAGUGACCGCCGAGGAUAUCCAUGAGGCUACACGGUAUACCAGGAAUUGGGCCGCACCAGGACCAGAUUUUGUGCACAAUUUUUGGUAUAAAAAGUUCUCUGCAAUCCAUGGGCGGAUGGCGGAAUGCUUCAACACGGUACUAAGAAACCCCCAGGAGCUGCCAGAAUUCAUCACUAAAGGGGUAACCUAUCUUCUACCCAAAGAUCGGAACACAACUAAUCCCGCCAAGUACAGGCCAAUAACAUGUCUUUCAAGCCUGUACAAGGUGCUCUCGUCGGUAAUCACCCAAAAGGUGCAGUACCAUUGCGAUGCAAAUGGAGUGAUGACUGAAGAACAAAAAGGAUGCCGUAAAAACACACAAGGCUGUAAAGACCAAGUCAUCAUCGAUGCAGUCAUUGUGGGACAGGCAAGCCGAAAUAGGCGAAACCUCAGUAUGGCGUACAUCGACUACAAGAAGGCAUACGAUUCAGUACCCCACUCGUACCUAAUUAAGGUACUAGAAUUGUAUAAAAUAGACGGUGGCAUCAUCAGGUUAAUGAAGCACGCAAUGGGAAUGUGGAACACUUCACUCCACACUACCGACGGGAUAGAGGUGUUACGAUCCAGAACUCUCAGCAUAAAAAGGGGGAUUUUCCAAGGCGAUACAUUCAGUCCGCUAUGGUUUUGCCUUGCGAUGAACCCCCUCAGCAAAGCACUUAACCGAAGCAGCUAUGGCUACCAAUUGAAAAGUGGGACAACGAGUACAAUAAUUACCCACACCUUCUAUAUGGACGAUCUGAAGCUGUUUGCGGAAACUAUGGAGAAGCUGCGUCAUUUGUUGCAGCUGGUGACAACGUUCAGCAACGAUAUUCGGAUGGAGCUUGGCGUCGACAAAUGUCGUCUCGUAAAUAUCCAUCGGGGUAAAGUAAUGGACGCUGAAAGUUUCCGCAUCAACGAAAGGGAGGAAAUUCGAAGUAUGAUUGAAGGUGAGUCGUACAAAUACCUGGGAUUCCUGCAACUGAAAGGUAUUCACCACACGACUAUCAGGAAAGAACUGCAGGAACGGUUCCUGUAUCGUGUCAACCGUAUUUUGAAAUCACUCCUCUCUGCCGGCAACAAAGUAAAGGCGAUAAACACGUUUGCCGUGCCUUUGUUGACAUACAGCUUCGGGGUGGUUAAAUGGACCAAAACGGAUUUGGAAGCGAUUGAACGUACCUUGCGAGUAUCGCUAACCAAGCACCGUUCGCACCACCCAAGAUCGGCAGUCGAAAGAAUCACCUUACCACGCAUGGAAGGAGGAAGAGGUGUCACUGACAUCCAAGCGCUAUGCGUAUCCCAGAUCGAGCAGUUGCGGAGAUAUUUCAUAGAUAGUCAGACUCGUCAUGUUGUCUACCGCACUGUCUGUGAAGCAGACCACGGGUUCAGCGCCCUGCAUCUGGCGCAGGAGCAUUACCAGCUGAACUGCGACCUAAAAACCGUACCAGAAAAGGUCGAAACGUGGAAAGCAAAGGAACUACAUGGGACGCACCCCCAUCAAUUAGAGCAAGCGCAUAUAGACAAAGUGGCAUCGAAUGCGUGGUUGGUGCGAGGUGAUCUCUUUUCGGAGACGGAAGGCUUCAUGGUAGCCAUUCAGGAUCGGGUUAUUACGACGAAGAACUACCGCAGGUACAUAUUGCACGAAGAUAUAGAAGACCGUUGUCAAAAGUGCAAUUCAGUAGGAGAAACGAUCGAGCAUGUGAUUGCAGGCUGUCCAGCCUUAGCCGAAACGGCUUACCUAGGACGCCACAAUGCAGUUGCCAAGAUUGUGCACCAGCAACUCGCCUUGAAGUACAACUUGGUAAACUGUUACGUACCCUACUAUAAGUACCUGCCUAGCCCGGUUCUGGAAAAUAGCUGCAUAAAGUUGUACUGGGAUCGUGAGAUUAUUACGGACGUCCUUAUACGUGCCAAUCGUCCUGACGUUGUGAUCUACGACAAAAGGAGGAAGCACGUUACCCUCAUAGACAUCGCUGUACCGCUGGAUCGCAAUGUCCAGUCAACUUUCUCGGCCAAAAUAACGAAAUACCAUGACUUGGCCGAGGAGUUAAAGCAGAUGUGGCACCUUGAGGGCGUACGUAUAGUUCCGGUGGUCAUCUCAGCCACCGGAGUAGUGCCCUGUAGCCUACAACGUUCCCUGGAAGAGCUAGAGCUCCAAAAAAAUUUGGACAAUAUCCAAAAAGCGGUGGUUCUUGAAACCUGUAAUAUUACGAGGAGGUUCCUGAAUCACCACAAUUAAACACAGCUGGAGCAGA